AUGAUCAAUGGUGCAGAACCGUUCAAUCGCCCACUAAUCACCCAGAUCAUUGCCACCAUAUUCUUCAAGCCAGGCCGUUCACGACCAUCAAUUGCUGCUCAGCACACGAGCAGAUUCCGUUCGAGUGUCCACCUUGCGCCUCAUGAGCUGGAAAUACCAGAGCCAAUGCUGGCUCUCGCAUGUGCUUUGGUAUGUUUUUUGGCUCUUGCUGACUGGACAUCUGGAAUGUGCAAGGAAGCCUCCGACUACAACAUCACAGAGGCUGAGAAAGAGUACAAGAAGGUUCUGUCAUUUCUCGACCGUGUUAAGAAAGCAAGUCUGCAGAUGUACCACCAGGUCAUGCAUUAG